UACUUUUAAUUUAGAGUGUAAGCCUAUCUUACCAAUCUACCUGUUACAUAACAGGGAUUUUUGUACACUGAUAAAAUGCAACUUCUAAGCUACGUUCACGUUGCUUCCAAAACUAGUACAUUGGAAAUCUUAUAGUAUCUAUACUUACUGAUAUUAAGAAAGCAGACAAAGAGAUUGGAUAUACCUUGUAAUGGAUCCAUGGAUGAAUCUCAAAGUGACUGGUAACAGUAGUCACAAUUAUUUUAUGAUACUAAUUAAGAAUGGAAGAUUAUUACCAUAUUCACUCUAUCAAUCAAACUUAUCAUAUUUAAUUAGUUAUUAAUAUUAAAAUAAGUAAUUGCAGAAGUACUGUGCAAUAUUGGUUUUUAAUUUCAAGGAACAUUUAUUAAGUGAAAGUAUGUUUAGUCCUGUACCAAUUAAGUACGAAUAUGUAGGAGGAGAAGAUGUUAGCAGAAGUGGAAGGAUCGAUACUUCAGAUAGUUCUAAAUAUCCUUUGUUUCUCAAUCAAGAUCCUGAGUGCAGGUAUCGUCAGUUACCACAAUUUUGGGAUUAUGCACAAUCGUCUGCAAGUAUUCCUCAAAAAGAAGAAGCUUACAACUGUCAGGAUCUACUUCAAGCACAAGAAACAGGUUCUUUAACAUAUGUGAAAGAUUACUUUCAUCAUGGCAUAUUAUUUCAACUUAAUCAACAUCAAGAAGAGGCUGCUACUCAAACUCAAUUUUCUGAACAGAGCCAACAGAAUUUGGCAGAUGAAACGCAAUCAACGCAAGGAUUACAAUAUGCACAGCAAUCUAAAAGUGCGAAUCAAACUUCAGCAACUGUGCAAGCAAUUCCCUCAAUAAGACAUAAUCGUCCGGGAAGACCUCCAAAGAGUUCUUCUGAAACUACAGUGACAAAAAAAUUAAAGUGUCAGUGUGAAAUUUGUUUUAAAGAAUUUGGGCACAAGAGUAAUUUAUUCAUUCACAUGAGAACUCAUAACGGGGAAAGACCGUAUAAAUGUAGUCAGUGUGAGAAAUGCUUUACUCAUAGUGGAAAUUUAGCAAUACAUAUGAGGACUCACUCAGGUGAAAGGCCAUAUGGUUGUCAAAUAUGUGGUAAAAUGUUUAGUCACAGUGGAAAUUUAUCUACACACUUGCGUACUCAUUCUGGAGUAAAACCAUACAAAUGUUCUGUAUGUGGUAAAGAAUUCCGUCAUAGUGGGAAUUUAUCAAUACAUGAAAGGAUACAUUCUGGUAUUAAGCCAUUUCAAUGUAAAGUCUGUGGUAAAGAUUUUUAUCACAGUGGAAACUUAACAACUCAUAUGAAAAAGCAUACAGUAAACGUUAGCGCGAAUGUUGAAAUUUGUGACAAUGGUACAAAGCAAAUGCAAAAUACAAAAGAUCAUGAUGAUGUUCCUCAUUCAAAUUCACUAAAUAAUGUAGCAUUGACUUCACCAAUAAGUGAUAUUGAAAUAAUUCAUAAUACAGUUAAUCCGGUUCCUGUAAAAAAUGAAUGUAUUGAUGAGCCUAGAUCAGAUAAUGCUAUAAUAUCAAAACCAACGACUACUUAAGUUUCUU